UUCGAACAUUUGCUCGUUCGCUUUGUGCCCGGCGACCGUGUCUUCGGCAGGAAGUUGACUCGUGUGUAAAACGCACGCGAGGCAGAUGGCUUCCAAAGGAGAAGUGAAAGUUGCGAAUCACACGACGCGAGGCAACUGCGGUCCACACCCACACUGCGGUGACCAAAGUCUCAGAUACAGUCGAGCGUCUCGUGUCCGGCGAUGGGAUGACGUCGGAGUUGGGGCCGAGAUGAACGCCGAGCCGCUGUUGGAGGAGAAGCUGAUCAAGCGAUCGCAGCAGAGGAGGAGGACGUCUCCGCUCAACUACAAGGAGAGGUUGUUCGUGCUGACCAAGAGCAGCCUGAGCUACUACGACGGCAAGGCGGAGAAAAAGUUCCAGAGGGGCUCCGUCGAGCUGAGUCGCAUUCGAUGCGUGGAGGUGGUCAAGGAUGAGGGCGGGCUCAAUCCCUGCCAGAACAAAUUCCCUUUCCAGGUGGUGCACAACACCAACACGCUGUACGUGUUUACGCCGAGCCACGACAGCAGGACCGCCUGGGUCCAGCGAAUCAAAGAGGAGAUCCGGGACAACCGGGAGAUCCUGACCAAGUUCCACCCGCGGUUCUGGUGGGAGGGCGAGUGGCUGUGCUGCCGUCAGGCGGAGAAGCAGGCCCCCGGCUGCGAGGAGUACAAUCUGUUUGGGGACGCUUCCAGGAAACCGCUUCCGCCGAUCCCUGCUGAGGAAGGCGCACACGGGAGGGUAACCGGCCGCUCGCAGCCUCGCUCGCACGGCCACACGCUCGCACACGGUCGAGCCUUUCCCUCCCUCUUGCAGCACCUGCGGCCGCUCCCUCCCGAGGCGCGCGACCACGGCGAGGAGGCGGCGGUGGCGCUGUACGACUUCCCGGGCAGAGAGCCGCACGACCUGAGGCUGGUCAAAGGGGGCGAAUACGUCAUCGUGGAGCGUUGCGACGUCAACUGGUACAAAGCGCGCAACCAGGAUGGGGAGGAAGGCUACAUCCCGAGUAACUACGUCACCGAGAAGAAAUCCGGGAACCUGGCGCAGUUUGCCUGGUACGGCAAACACGUCAACAGGAACAAGGCGGAGGAGCUCCUGCGGAAAGAGGACAAAGAAGGCACCUUCAUUGUCAGAGAGUCCAGCACCAGGGGAACUUACACCGUGUCGCUCUACACGAAGAACGGAGGGGGCACCAUCAAACAUUACCUCAUCAAGGAGACAAAAGGCUCGCCCAAACAGUUUUACCUGGCGGGGAAACACGUGUUCUGUUCCAUCGCUGAGCUCAUCGCGUACCAUCGACACAACGCGGCAGGGCUUGUCGCCAGAUUGAGGUAUCCUGUCGGGAAACAGGACAGCUCCGCUCCCUCCACGGCCGGCUUCAGCUACAAGAAGUGGGAGAUCAACCCCAGUGACCUGACCUUCAUGAAAGAGCUCGGCAGCGGUCAGGCGGGGGUGGUGCGGCUCGCCAUGUGGAGGGCGCAGCACAAAGUCGCCAUCAAGGCCAUCAAACCGGGAGCCAUGCACGAAGAGGACUUCGUGGAGGAGGCCGAGGUCAUGAUGAAGUUGUCCCAUCCCAAGCUGGUGCAGCUGUACGGCGUGUGCAGCCGGCAGCGGCCCAUCUACAUCGUCACCGAGUUCAUGGAGCGCGGCUGCCUGCUGGACUUCCUGCGGAGUCGGCGGGGCGGCUUCGGCGCCGUCUCGCUGCUGAGCGUCUGCCUGGACGUGUGCGAGGGCAUGCGGCACUUGGAGAGCAGCAGCUUCAUUCACAGAGACCUGGGAGCCAGGAACUGCCUGGUGAACGACUCCCUGACGGUCAAGGUGUCCGACUUCGGCAUGGCCAGGUACGUUUUGGACGACCAGUACACCUCAUCGUUAAGUUCCAAGUUCCCGGUGAAGUGGUCCCCUCCGGAAGUGUUCAACUUCUGCAGAUACAGCAGCAAGUCCGACGUCUGGUCCUACGGUGUGCUGAUGUGGGAGGCUUUCACCGAAGGCCGCAUGCCAUUUGAGCAGCGCGGCAACCGUGAGGUUGUUACCUUGGUCACAAAGGGCCACCGCCUGUCGAGGCCCACACUCGCCACAGAGACCGUCUACGACAUCAUGCGGCUGUGCUGGCAGGAGAGACCCGAGGACCGUCCGUCCUUCUCUCAGCUCUGCCUCACGAUCUCCGACGUCCUGGAGGGCGACGUCGCGCACGCCGUCUGACAGGCCGGCCGCUCCCCGCCCACAACCACGCCUUGAGGAUGCGAACCUCGAUGGCCGUCGUCCAUCGUCACGGUGUGAUAACCCUUUAAGCAAUGGCUAUUUGAACACAAAUGGGGGGGGGGGGGAAACACAUGUAGACAGACAAUAUAACAAUAGUCACGGAACACCGCUGUAUUUAAAUUCAAUCCAUCAAUAAAUUCAAUCACAUUCGGGCCAUUAAAAUAGUAGCAAAAGAA